AUGCCGACGAGCACUCCAGCAAGCGAUAUGAAUUUCGCCAUCAAAUUCUCUUGCACACACGCAUCCGAGGGAACAAUAUAUGAUUCUAGUACUGCUGUUACCACCAGCGAAAGCUCAAUCACCGACUCUACCAAAGACGAGGGAACAAAAUAUGAUUCUAGUACUGCUGUUACCACCAGCAUAAGCCCAGUUACCGAUUCUACCACAGAAUAUGAGAUGAAUCAAAGAAGAUACUAUGACGAAGCUAACAGACGUUUGGAGGCGAAUAUUCAAAGCUUGCUCAACCAGACUGGCUUAUCUGAAGUUAAACGAACUGAUCUCAGUGAUGUAGUUAUUAGCUUUGCUAUAUAG